CAACUAUUGACUACGAAAAGAAAUACAGCGAGGUGAUCAGUCUGAAGGCAGGCAGCAGCCUCCACCUUCCCGUGACUGUAACCGGCGUACCGAACCCCAGAGUCACAUGGUCAUUCAACGACAAGACCAUGGCAGCCAGUCCAAAGACGAAGUUCGAAUCCCGGGAAACGCACUUCGCUGUGACGACGCGGGAAGUAAACAGAGAAAAUGGCGGCAUCUAUACCGUCACGGCUGAGAAUGUCGUUGGAAGGAAACACGCCACGUUUGAGGUCAAAAUAAAAGACGUUCCUUCUGCUCCAAGAGACUUAAAGGUCACAGACAUCCAGAGAGACUCCAUCGCUGUCACCUGGCAAGCUCCUGAAUCCGAUGGAGGUGUCCCGAUCACAAAAUACAUCAUCGAAAAACGCGACAUAAACAGAAGUAGUUGGUCAAGCGCUGGGAAGGUGAAGCCAAGCGAACUCGCUUUCACUGUUGGGAAACUGAUCGAGGGCAACGAGUACUUCAUCCGUGUGAUUGCUGAGAAUGAGAUCGGUCAGGGUGAGCCAUGUGAACUCAAAGACCCCGUCAAGGCAAAGAGUCCAUUUGACGUGCCCGGACCCCCAUUAAAUCUCCGUCCAGUUGAGAUCUCGAAGACUUCUUGUUCCAUGACCUGGAAUGUGCCGGUCAGCGAUGGCGGAUCCAAGAUCAAGGGAUACAUCAUCGAACGCGCUCAAGGUUACGGAGGUCGCUGGGUGAAGGUCAAUAGGUCGCCUGUUUCUGACCUGUCCUAUGAUGUCAAAGAUCUGGUCGAGAACCAGGAGUAUGAGUUCCGUGUGUCGGCUGAGAAUGCGGAGGGCGUUGGUGCCCCAUCUCAGUCCAUUGGGCCGUUCAAAGCCAAGGAUGCAUUUGAUCCUCCUGGCCAACCUGGCAAGCCAACCAUCCGUGACGUCACCGAUGGCACUGCCCGACUCAACUGGACUGCUCCAAGGAGUGAUGGAGGGGCACCAAUCUCAAACUACAUCAUCGAGAUGAAACGACCUCAGGAGUACAAGUGGCAGGAAGUGAACGUCGGUGUCAAUGUGACGUCAACCGACUAUGCCGUGCCUGGUCUAGCUGAGGAGGUGGAGUUUGUGUUCAGGGUUACAGCUGUCAAUAAGGCUGGACCUGGCAAGCCAUCGGAACCUUCUGAUAAGACCAAAUACAGCAAACCAAUACUGAUCAUCAAACCCUUGACUGAGCAGACUGUGAAGAAACUGCCCGCAACUGUCACAUUUGAAUGCACCAUCUCCAAAACCAAGCUCCUGGUAGACUGGUACAAGAACGACCAGAAACUGGCCAAGAGUAAGAAGUACAGGUUCGAGGAGGAGGGAAAUGUGUAUCGCCUUGUCAUCCAUGAGGUAUCGGACGAGGAUGAUGCGGAUUUCACCAUCAGGGUGCAGGAUACUGAUGUCAAGUCUACGGCUGGACUGUUUGUUGAAGUUGCCCCUGAAAUCCGUUUGGACAAAUCCUUCAAGGACACAAUCAUCAUGAAACAAAACACAACGAAAAUAAUUGAGAUCCCAUUCAUCGCGAGCCCUAUGCCUACGGUCACCUGGGACUUUAAUGGCGGGAAGUUCUCGGACAGCAGACGCAUUACAGAGCAGACGAUUCGUGGUAUGACCGCGUUGACGAUCAGCCGUGCUGAGAGACAGGAUGCCGGGGAGUACACGUUGACCAUAAAAAACAAACUUGGCAAGACUCACAUAACAUUAAAGGUUCUUGUACUUGACAAGCCAUCACCACCACAGCGCUUGGCAGUUGAUGAAGUAACUCCAGAGUCAGUUCACCUGACAUGGAAGGAACCAGAAGACAGCGGCGGCUGUGACAUCACAGGUUACAUCAUCGAGAGACGCGACGCAAACCGCCAAUCCUGGAACAAGGUUGCUACUACCAAGAAACUUGAACACGUUGUCACAAAACUUGUCGAGGGCAAUUCUUAUGUCUUCCGAGUUAUGGCUGAGAAUGAGGUUGGAGUGAGUUCACCCGUUGAAACAGCACCAGUCAAGGCCAAAUAUGGAUUUGAGAAACCAGGAGCCCCUGAUGCGCCAAAGGUCUCGGAUAUCUUCCGUGAUUCAUGCUUGGUCACCUGGUCUCUCCCCAACUACGAUGGUGGUGCCAAAAUCACCGGCUACCACCUUGAACGCCGCUUGACCUCUGGCACCCGUUGGUCAAAGGUCAACAAACAGCCAAUCACUGACCUGUUUUGCAAAGUCGGUGACCUCAAGGACCAGAGCGAAUACGAGUUUAGGGUGAGCGCUGAGAACAAGGCCGGUGUGGGAUCUCCUAGUCAACCAUCGAGGACAAUUGUUGCCAAGGACCCAUGGGACAAACCUGGCAAGCCUGGCGUACCCGAGUUCUCUGACAUCGCCGACUCCUCCCUGCGCCUGACAUGGACCCCGCCAAAGAAUGACGGAGGUACCCCGAUCACAAACUACAUCAUCGAGUCCAAGUCUGUCGAUGGCUUCAAGUGGCUUCAAGCUUAUGAUGACCAGAUCACUGAAACGUCUCAGGUUAUCCGCAAACUCAAGACCGAUUCUGUCUGCCAGUUCCGUGUCAGUGCCGUCAAUAAGGUCGGCCAGGGACCACCUGCUGAGAACACUGAGCCCAUCAGGAUCAAGGCACCACUGGUUGGAGACCCGCCAAGCAUCACCCGUGAUCUAGAAGACCUGGCUGUCAUUGCUCCAGCAGAAGCAGUCCUGACCUGUGAAAUUGCACCUGGCGAUCCCAGGGCAGAGGUCAAAUGGUUCUUGGAAGGCAAGCAGCUGAUCGCUGGUGGCCGCCAUGACAUGGCCUAUCAGAACAAGACGGCGAAACUCACCAUUAAGUCGACCCGACCGGAUGACGCAGGGAAAUAUAAAUGCGUGGCAUCGAAUGUGAUCGGACAUGCGGAUACGUUUGCUGAUCUUGCUGUGAGAAUGGCCCCAACCCUCGAGUACAACGACAAACUCAAAGAACCACAGGCACUCAAAGCUGACAGUUUCCUAUCCAUCAUCGUCAACGUCCAAGGCAUACCGACGCCAUCUAUUGCCUGGUCUCUGAACGGCAAGCCACUAACGUCAUCAAGCCAUGCAAAGAUUGAUAACAAGCGUGGUACAACUACACUGACGAUUCAGUCGUUGAAGAAGGAGGAUGCUGGGAAAUUGAUGGUUACGGCAGAGAAUGUUGUCGGUACCAAGAGCGCUACGUUUGAUAUCACAAUCAGAGAUAAACCAUCACCGCCCCAAAACUUGAAGGUGACAGAGAUACAGCGUGAUGCGGUCUCACUCACCUGGCAACCACCAGAGGACGCCGGUGGAGUUCCAAUUACCCGAUACAUCGUCGAGCGACGUGAUGCUAAACGCAACACGUACACGAGUGCUGGAGCAGUUGACGCCAACACACUUUGCCAAACGGCUCAUAAGUUGGCCGAGGGGAAUGAUUACUACUUCCGUGUUUUGGCUGAGAAUGAGUUGGGCACAAGUGAGCCAUGUGAGCUUAAGGACCUAGUCAAACCAAAGAGUCCAUUUAAUGUUCCUGGAUCUCCGGAGAGACUCCGUGCCACAGAGGCCAGCCGACACAAAAUCGACAUUUCAUGGGAACCACCGGUAAAGGAUGGUGGUACUCCUGUGACCGGCUACUACAUCGAACGCUGCGGCGGCUACAGCACCCGUUGGGUCAAGGUCAACAGGUCGGCGAUCCCAGAUUUGUCGUUCUCAGUCACGGAUGUAACGGAGAACCAGGAGUAUGAGUUCCGUGUCUUGGCGGAGAAUGCUGAAGGAAUCGGAGAGCCAUCGUCGGUUCUUGGACCAAUCAGGGCCAAAGAUGCAUUUGACCCACCAGGCGCACCAAGCAAACCUGUCGUCCAGACCAUGUCGGAGAAGUCAGUCAAUCUAUCAUGGUCACCUCCAAGCUUCGAUGGUGGGGCCCCCAUCACAAGCUACAUCCUCGAAAUGAAGAAACCAUUGGAAUUCAAGUGGAGCACCGUCAAUUAUGACUUCACGAUUCCACGGCCGGAGCACCAGGUUACGGGACUCAAGGAUGAUAUGGAAUACGUGUUCAGGGUGACGGCCGAGAACAAGGCCGGGCCCGGUAAACAUUCAGAGCAGUCGGAUAUCAUCAAGUUUGAACAACCUGUGACAGUCAUGACACCAUUAGAAGACCAGCGCAUCAAGAAGCUACCCGCAGUUGCGACCUUCGAGUGCGAGAUCAGCCGCCCGAACCUCGAAGCCAAGUGGUACAAGAACGACGAACUCUUAGAGCAGGGAAGAAAGUAUAAGAUUGAAGUGCGGGGCGGCACGCACCGUCUGACCAUCAAGGAUGUGACGGAAGAAGAUGAUGCUGAUUACUCGAUCAGGGUGAGGGGUGUGGAGUCCAAGGCACAGCUACUUGUAGAAGUGCCACCUGCAUUCCACCUCGACAAAAUCAAAGACAAGAUUUACAUGAAGACCAACACCUCCAAGGUCAUCGAGGUACCAUUCUCGGCCAGUCCGAUGCCCAAGGUCACAUGGUCUUUCAACGACGGCCUCUUCUCCGACGAGAGACGUAUCAAGGUUGAGACGAUCCGUGGUAUGACCGCCCUGACUAUCAGCCGUGCUGAGAGGAAGGAUGCUGGAGAUUAUACCUUGAAACUCGAGAAUAAGCUUGGCAAAAUCUCGUUGAACAUUCAAGUGAUUGUGAUGGACAAACCAUCCGCACCUCGCCGCUUCAACUAUGGAGACGCAACCCCAGAAUCUGUUCAUCUAACCUGGGACGUCCCAGAGGACGAUGGUGGCUGCAACAUUACCGGCUACAUCAUCGAGAGACGCGAGGCCAAUCGCUCCUCGUGGAACAAGGUCGGACAGACCAGCCAGCUGGAAUAUACCGUUGGGAAACUUGUCGAGGGUAGCCAGUAUGUGUUCCGCGUCUCUGCGGAGAACGAGUGUGGUGUUGGACCAUCUGUCGAGAUCUCUGGACCUGUUACUGCCAAGUAUGGCUUUGACAAACCCGGAGCUCCUGAUGCGCCCAAGGUCAAGGACAUCUUCAAGGAAUCAUGCACGGUCACCUGGAAUAAACCCGUCUCAGACGGUGGCUCCCCCAUCAUCGGUUACAUCGUCGAGCGACACCAGACAACUAGCACCCGCUGGAUCAAGGUGAACCGGGAACCAAUCAAGGAUCUGUUUUAUAACGACACAGAGCUGAAGGAGGACAAUGAUUACGAGUAUCGUGUCACUGCCGUCAACAAGGCUGGUUUAGGUAAUGCCAGUCCAGCUUCGUCAAUGUUCAAGGCUAAGGACCCUUGGAAUGUCCCUGGCCGCACUGGCAAACCAUCCUUCAGCGACAUGACAAACUCGUCCGUGCGUCUAUCCUGGGCACCCCCAGAGGACGACGGCGGCUCACCGAUCACAAACUACAAAAUCGAAUACAAAAUGGUGGACGGUUUCAAAUGGAAUCAGGCCUCCCUUGACUUCGUGACGGAGGAAACGUGCGUAAUUUCCAAACUUACCAAGGAUACGGAGUAUGUGUUCCGUGUCUGUGCUGAGAAUAAGGUCGGGGCCGGACCGUGGACUGAGAGUCAGGAUGCUGUCAAGAUAAUGGAGCACUUAGUUGGUGACCCACCAGUGUUGACCAGCAAACUGAAGGACUUGACAGUCGUGUCUCCAGAUGUUGCCACCUUUGAAUGUAAACUUAAAUCGGGAGAGCCCGCUGCUGAGAUUAAGUGGUUCAAGGACCAUCGCCCCAUCACAACGGGAGACAAGUACGAGUGCACUUACAAGAGUGGCACUGCCUGCCUCAAGGUGAAGGACACUACGCCCAAGGAUACUGGCAAAUACCACUGCUUUGCCUCCAACAUCAUCUCGAGUGUCGAGACCACAGCCCAGCUCACCGUUCAAUGCAAACCAACCAUCGACUUCGAAGCCAAACUGAAGGACACGCAGACAGUGAAUGCUGCCACGAUCGUCAGGCUACCCGUCACUGUCGAGGGUAUCCCCAAGCCCAAGGUCACUUGGACCCAUAACAAUGAGUCUGUAUAUGCUGCCAAGAAUGUCCAGAUCGAUGCAAAGAACAUCUACCAUACUGCCAGCAUCAAGAAUACGACUAAGCCAGAUUCUGGUGUUUACAAAGUCACGGCUGAGAACGAAGCUGGUGCCACGUCUGCCGAGUUUGAAGUGGUUAUCAUUGAUAAGCCGUCGGCUCCCCGCGACCUCAAAGUGACAGACGUCCAGCGCGACUCUAUCACAGUCACCUGGCAAACCCCGGCAGAUGAUGGCGGCUCCAAGAUCACAGGUUACACUGUCGAGCGCCGGGACGCCAUGAAGACGUCGUGGACAAGUGCUGGCCGUGUCGAUGCCAAUACCUUGACCCUCAAGGUUGGCAAACUGAUGGAGGGUAAUGAGUACCUUGUGCGAGUGUUCGCCGAAAAUAAGAUUGGUGCUGGACCCAUCGUUGAGACAGACAAGCCAACUAAGGCCAAGAGUCCAUUUGAUCCUCCUGGUCCACCGAAGAACCUGACGGCCAGCGACAUCACCUCAUCGCAGGUGCACCUCACCUGGCAGAAGCCCGAGUCCGAUGGUGGCUCACGCAUCACUGGCUACGUCCUCGAGCGCCGCCAAGCCUUCAGCACCCGCUGGGUCCGAGUCAACAAGGCGCCGGUGCAGGAGACAGAGUACACAGUCAAAGACCUUGCUGAGGGACAGGACUACGACUUCAGGGUGACUGCUGUAAACGUUGAGGGUCAGGGAAGUCCAUCAGACACUGUUGGACCCAUCAGAGCAAAGGAUCCAUUUGGUAAACCUGGCACCCCUGGUAAACCAGUCGUCUCGAACCUAACAGCCACAAGUGCUGCCCUGACUUGGAAGCCUCCACUUGACGAUGGGGGCAGCCCCAUAACCAGCUACACCCUGGAGAUGAAACGUCCCAUCGACUUCAAAUGGACGGUCGUCAAUUUUGACUUCACCAUCCCGCAUCCGGAGUACAAGGUGACUGGAUUGAAAGAGGAGACAGAUUAUAUGUUCCGAGUGAUUGCCGAGAACAAGGCCGGUGCAAGUAGAGCAUCAGAGCCUUCGGACAUCAUCAGAUAUGUUGAGCCUCUCGAAGUGAUCCGACAUCUCUCGGACAAGACCAUCACGGAACUCCCCAACACCGUCAUAUUCGAGUGCGAACUCAACAAGGAUAACCUCGUCGUCGACUGGUACAAGGACGACCACCCAGCCGAGGGCAAGAAAUACAAGUCGGACUCUGUUGGCAACAAGUAUCUUCUGACCAUUACGGAUGUUACAGAAGAGGACCAUGCCCAGUUCAGCAUACGAUACAGGAAUGUUGAGUACUCAACCGCUAAUCUGAAAAUAGAAGUUCCACCAAAGUUGCUGAUUGACAAGAACUUCAAGGAUACCAUCGUGAUGAAGACAAACACGUCCACCAUCAUCGAAGUUCCGUUCCAGGCUUGCCCAAUGCCCAUCAUCACCUGGACGUUCAACGACGGCAAGUUCUCUGACACACGACGCAUCACGGAGGAGACGAUACGUGGCAUGACCGCAUUGACGAUCAGUCGCGCUGAAAGGAAAGACGCGGGUACCUAUAAACUCGUCAUCAGGAACGAUCUCGGUACAGUCAAAUUGAUCGUUAGCGUAAUCGUCAAGGACAAGCCGUCUGCUCCCACGCACCUGACGACGGCAGAUAUGGAGGCCGAUUCGUUGGUCAUCAACUGGGAAGAACCGGAAGAUAACGGUGGAUGCGACAUCACCAAUUAUAUCAUUGAGAGGCGGGAACACAACCGACGCUCUUUCCAACCAAUUGGAACUUCUAAGGAUAGGAGUUAUAAGGCAACGCGUUUGUCUGCUGGCCAGUCCUAUGUUUUCCAAGUGAUUGCUGAGAAUGAGUGUGGACGUGGACCACCGGCUGAGACUGACACGAUUAACUUGAAGAGUCCCUAUGAACUGCCUGGUUCACCGUCAGCUCCUCAAGUGAUUGAGACCUUCAGCGACUCGGCCAAGCUCGCCUGGAAAGAGCCUGCCCACGACGGUGGCACCAGGAUCGUCGGCUACCACAUUGAGCGCUUGAUGCGCCCAGGAGCACGCUGGCUCCAGAUCACGAAAGAACCAGUCGAUGCAUUGACGGCGAAGGUGUCUGACCUGAUCGAUGGAAAUGAAUACGAGUUCCGUGUUGCAGCCCAGAGCAAGGUCGGCAUUGGGAAACCUGGACCACCAUCCAGGCCGAUCAUCGCUAAGGACCCAUGGGAGAAACCCGGCCGUCCAACCAAACCUUUCAUCAGCGCCGUAACCAAGAGGUCUGCCACACUCUCGUGGUCAGCACCAGAGCGUGACGGAGGCAACCCUGUCUUCAACUAUGUCAUCGAAUACCGCCUCAAGGGAGGCUACAAGUGGGUCAAGGACAAUUCAAACGUACCUGACACGUCCUUCAAGGUCACGGACCUCCGAGAGGAUUCAGAGUACGAAUUCCGGGUCAGCGCCGAGAACAAAGCAGGUGUUGGUCAGCCGUCUGAUGAGACAGAUAUGAUAAAGAUUGCCGAGCCCCUGAUUGGUGAUCCGCCAGUCUUGGGCACGCCGCUUCAGGAUCUCAGUGUCAUUGCGCCAGAAGAAGCCAUCUUGGAUUGUGAUAUCAAGGCUGGUGAACCGGCUGCUGAAAUCAGAUGGUACAAAGAUGGUCGCCAGAUCAGCGGCGACAAACGUUACAAGAUGAAAUACGACGGCUCGGUAGCUGAGCUGAAAAUCAAGGAUCCGGUGCCGCAUGAUACUGGCAUCUACAAAUGUGAGGCAGCCAACAAGAUUGGACGCGUUGAGUCACAUGCUCAGCUCUCUGUCAAUGUAAAACCAACCAUCGAAUACGACUCCAAGUACAAACAACCAAUCUCGCUGAAGGGCAACACUACUUUGACCAUUCCUAUCAGAUUUGAAGGCCUACCACGCCCAACUGUCACAUGGUCCCUGAACGGCGUCAAGAUCGCAAAGUCUGUCAAGACGACCAUUGAAGUCGCAGACACUGGUUUCUCGACGCUGACGGUCAGGAGGGUGACCAAGCUAGAAGACCAAGGCAAAUAUACCGUCUCAGUGAAGAACUCCGUUGGGGAGGCCACAGCUGAUUUCGUUGUGAACAUCACUGAUGUGCCACAACCACCCAAGGAAGUCAAAGUGGAUGACGUACAGAGAGAAUCUGUUACACUGUCCUGGUCAGCCCCACCAGAUGAUGGUGGCUCCAAACUCAAGGGCUACAUCGUGGAGAGACGCGAGGCAAGCCGCACAAUGUGGACAACAUGCGCCCAGGUCGGUGCCAGUACUCUCAAUGCGGAGGUCACCAAACUGACAGAAGGAAAGGAGUACAACUUCAGAGUUUGUGCCGAGAAUGCUAUUGGUGUCAGUGAGCCGGCUGAACUGAAGGAGGGUGUCGUGGUCAAGAGUCCAUUUGAUGUUCCAAGCCCACCAACAAGGCUGCGCCUGACAGAAGUCACUGCCAACAACAUUGCCAUAGCCUGGGAAGAACCAGAAACAAAUGGUGGUGCCCCCAUCAAGGGUUACAUCAUUGAACGUUGUCAAGGUUACAGUACGCGCUUCGUCAAGGUCAACCGCCAGCUCGUCAAGGAGAUGUCUUACAAGAUGGACGACGUGCGUGAGGGCGAGGAGUAUGAGAUCCGUGUGUCUGCCGAGAAUGCGGAGGGCGUCAGUAAGCCAUCGAACUCGUGCGGACCAGUCAGAGCCAAGGAUCCAUUCGACAAACCUGGAGCCCCAGGUUGCCCAACUGUCCAGACCAUCUCAGGCAGCCAAGCCAAGCUAAGAUGGCAGCCACCGCGUGACGACGGAGGCAGCCCUAUCACCAGCUAUAUCAUCGAGAUGAAGACGACCCAUGACUACAAAUGGAAGGUCGUGAACUACGACAAGAACGUCACCUCAACUGAUUACAUUGUCACUGGCCUCCACGAUAAUAACGAUUACGUCUUCCGGGUCAGUGCAGAGAAUAAGGCCGGCGUCGGUCGCCCAUCGGAGGUUUCUGAUGUUAACAAAUUUGAAGAACCAUUGGAGUUUGUUCGCAACCUAGAGGACAAGCGCAUCAGCGAACUCCCCUGCUCCGUAACCUUUGAUUGCGAGCUCAGCAAGAGCAACGUCAUUGUCGAGUGGAUGAGAAACAACAAAGUCCUGCACCCAGAUGACCGCUACAAGUUCAUCUCAGACGGCCGCGUGCAUAGGCUGAUCAUCAAGGAGGUGACCGAUGAGGAUAAUGCUGAGUUUACGGUGGUGGCGAGGGACAAGAGCUCGACUGCCCAACUCAGAAUUGAAGCCCCACCAAAGAUCCUAGUGGACAAACACUUCAAGGAUGCUAUUACCAUGAAGUCCAACACGUCCACAAUCAUCGAGGUGCCCUUCUGCGGCUGCCCAAUGCCCAAGGUCAAAUGGACAUUCGACGAUAAACCGAUCAGUGACAACCGGCAUAUUUCUGCGGAGACAAUCAGAGGCAUGACUGCUUUGACCUUGAAUAGGGUCAACCGUAGCGAUGCGGGCGUUUAUAAAGUCUCCAUCGAGAAUGACUUUGGUGCUGUGAGGUUGAAGGUCAAAGUCAAUGUGCUAGACAAACCAGCCCCACCCCAGAACCUGAAGGUCACUGACAUAAAGCCCACAGCUGCGACCUUGACCUGGGAACAGCCGGAAGACGAGGGAGGCUGUGCUAUUCUCAACUACAUCGUGGAGAAACGUGAAUCGAACCGCCGAACUUACACGGCAGUCGGCAAGUGCAAAGAAACCAAGAUGGAAGUAACGCAGCUCGUCAAGGGUACCAACUACAUCUUCCAGGUGUUUGCUGAGAAUGAGUGCGGCGUGAGUCCACCCGCAGAGUUGGCAGGACCGGUCACAGCUAAGCAUCCAUUCUCUCCCCCUGGUGCCCCAUCUGCUCCAACGAUCUCCGACAUCUAUCGCGACAACUGUGUCGUCUCCUGGAAGCGGCCAGCCAGUGAUGGCGGCUCGCCAAUCACCGGCUACAACAUCGAGCGUCGCAUGACGUCAAGCCCACGCUGGGUAAAACUCAACCGUGAAUACCUGACCGAGUGCUACCUCAAGGUGGAGGACCUAAUUGAGGGUAGCAGUUACGAGUUCCGCAUCGUUGCGGAGAAUCUUGCUGGACCUGGAACACCCAGUCAACCUUCUCCAACAGUCACUGCAAAGGAUCCAUGGGAUGUGCCUGGCCGCCCCAGCCGCCCAGAAGUGGGAGACAUGACACGCAGAUCUGCCGUCCUCUCCUGGAGAGCCCCAGACCGGGACGGAGGCAGUCCUGUCACCAACUACAUCAUCGAAAUGAGACAGCCCGGCCAGUUUAGAUGGCAGCCAGCGACAGAUGAGCGUAUCACCUCAACGGAGGCAAGGAUCUCUGGUCUGUCUGAGGGACAUGAGUACGAGUUCCGGGUUGCUGCCGAGAAUCGUGCUGGCGUUAGUUCAUUCACCGAGUCUGAGAAGGUAGUGAAGGUCCAGGAACCAAUUGUUGGUGAUGCCCCGAAACUGAUUGAGCCACUCAUAAAUGUCCUUGUUGCCUCACCAAAUGAUGCCAUCUUUGACUGCGACAUGGAACUUGGUUCCCCGGCCCCCGAAAUCAGGUGGUUCAAGGACAGUCACGAGAUCCGUGAGAGCAAGAAGUAUAAGAUGCUGCAGGACAAGAAGUUGCUGGAGUUGAAGGUCGUUAAGGCCGACCUUGAGGAUGAAGGGACAUACUCGUGUGAGGUCAAGAAUGCCCUCGGCAAGGUCAAGACAUCAGCCAAGCUCACUGUCCAGACUGCACCCAGAAUUGAAUACGACAAGCGUCUAGAGGAGAUCCAGACCCUCAAAACAGGUGGCACCCUAGUCGUCAAGAUCUUGAAAUACGGCGUACCGGCUCCGACUAUCAGCUGGUUCCAGGAUGACAAACCACUCAAGACAUGCAAGGAGGUUACAAUCGAUACCACAGGGAACACGUCCAUAUUGACUGUCAGAGGCGUGGUGAGGGAAGACGCUGGAAAAUACAAGGUUGCACUGGAGAAUGUUGUUGGAGAAGCAAGUGCCGAUUUUGCUUUUGUUGUCCAAGACAAACCUUCAGCUCCAAGAAACGUUGAGGUCACCGACAUCAAACGUGAUGCAGCCAUGUUGAAAUGGCUGCCGUCCGUCGACGAUGGUGACUCCAAGAUCACUGGCUACGUCAUCGAGAAGUGUGACGCAAAGAGGCAGACGUGGACCACAGCAGCUCGCGUGGACCCUGAGACAACAGAAUGUCUCCUGACUAGGUUGUAUGAAGGAAAUGACUACAGACUCCGUGUGUCGGCCGAGAAUCGUGUUGGUGCCAGUGAGCCUGCUGAGGUGAAGGAGAGUGUUACUCCAAAGAGUCCUUACAGUGUUCCCGGCAUGCCAAGAAAGCUACGUGCUACUGACGUCACUCGCUCUCAUGUCAAGAUUGAGUGGGAGAAACCGGAAACAGACGGUGGUACACCCAUCACCGGCUACAUUGUCGAGCGUCGCGUCGCGUUCAGUUCACGCUGGAGCAAGGCAAACAAAUACCCGAUCAACCAGACGUACUUUACCUCCUCCGAUGUGCACAUGGGUGAAGAGUACGAGUUCCAGGUCUCGGCAGAGAAUGCCGAGGGCGUGGGACAACCAUCCAAUACAUCCGGAGUUAUCACUGUCAAGGACCCAUAUGACAAAUCUGGCAUCCCAAGCAAACCAGAAAUCGUCAAGAUGACGUCGACAACUUGUGCUCUCAUGUGGGCCGCCCCUCGCGACGAUGGAGGAAGCCCGAUCACCAACUACAUCGUUGAGAUGAAGAAACAGUCUGACUACAAGUGGCUCGUGGUAGAUGAGAAUGUACCGGAUACCACGUACACAGUCAAGGGCUUGCGUGAGGAGACAGAGUACACAUUCCGUGUGAUUGCUGUCAACAAGGCUGGCCAGAGUAAACCGUCGGAUCCGUCAGACAUUGCCUGCUAUGAAGAGCCUAUCAACAUUGUAACAGGCCUACAAAACAUCGAUAUCCAAGAACUCCCAGCCGAUGCGACAUUCUCCUGCGAGCUCAACAAGAUGAACGUCCACGUCGAUUGGAUGAAGGACGGCAUGCCGCUCAAGUUGACCAAGCGACACCAUGCCAUGGAGGAGGGAUACAGGCAUAAACUGAUCAUCAAGGACAUCGGGCCCGAGGAUAUUGGCAUGUAUAGCAUUGUGGUCAAGGGACAAACCUCCAAGGGAAAACUCACUGUUGAGGCACCUCCCAAGCUACACCUUGACGAGAGAUUCAAGGACAACAUCACCUUGAAGAUCAACACGAGCGCCAUCAUCGAAGUCCCGUUCAGUGGCAGCCCACUCCCAGAAGUCUCUUGGAGAUUCAACGGUGGGAAUUUCACCGACUCUCGACGAAUCAAAGAUGAGACAAUCCGCGGAAUGACAAGUCUGACGAUCAGUCGUGCUGAGCGGCGGGACUCAGGAGAUUACAAACUAACCCUGAAGAAUGGAUUUGGAACUGUGUCGUUGACUGUCCAUGUCACAGUCCUCGACAAGCCUGGUCCGCCCAGAAACUUCAAGAUUGAGAACAUCACAGCCAACUCCGCCGAUCUGCUCUGGCAAGAACCUGACGAUGACGGUGGCUCAGGAGUCACCGGCUACAUUGUCGAGAAGCGUGAAAUGAACCGACGCACGUACAACAUGGUCAGCAGGACACCCAAGUGUCAGUACCAGGUGACACAGCUUCUCGAGGGAAGCCAGUACGUGUUCCAGGUCAGGGCAGAGAACGACUCUGGGGUCAGUCAUCCUGUGGAGAUACAGACACCAAUUACUGCCAAACAUCCAUUCAGCAUCCCCGGCCCACCAGACGCACCAAAGGUCUCUGAAGUCUUCGCAACCCACUGUACCCUGUCAUGGAACCCACCAGCCCACGAUGGUGGCUCACCUGUCACUGGCUACGUCAUCGAGCGCUGCCUGUCAACGAGCAUGAGAUGGGUGAGAAUUGCCAAGCUGGGCCUGGAGACCAAAUGUGGAGUGACAGACUUGAUGGAGGGCAAUGACUACCAGUUCAGAGUACUGGCUGAGAACAAGGCGGGGCUUGGACAGCCUAGUACACCGACGAGACCUGUCACGGCAAAGGACCCAUGGAACAAACCAGGGAAACCUGGUCAACCCCAACUCAGCGACGUCAAGAAGGAAUCAUGUAAACUGACGUGGACCCCGCCCGUCAAUGACGGUGGAAGCCCAAUCACAAACUAUGUCGUAGACUACAAGGCUACCAGCGCCUUCAAGUGGGUCAGGGCCGAUGACCGUGUCGAUGGUACAACGUACAAGGUCGACGGUCUCCAUAGCGGUAACGACUAUGAAUUCAGAGUAGCUGCUCAGAAUCGUGCUGGAGUUGGGUCGUUCUCUAUGACCAGAGACCAUGCUACUCUGGAUGAGGUUGAUGCAGGUGAAAAGCCAAAACUGAAAGAGGGACUUGUCGAUGUCACGGUAGUCUCCCCAGCUCCCGCCAUCUUGGAUUGCGAUAUCCACCUCGGCGAGCCAGCGGCGCAUAUCCGUUGGUUCAAGGAUGGUCGCGAGUUGUACGAGUCGCGUAAACACGCCAUGCAGAUAGAGGGAGAGGUCUGCGAGCUGAAGGUUAAGGAUACGGAUUACACUGACGGCGGGCGGUAUAAGGUGGAAGCAUCGAAUAAGUCGGGCAAAGUUGUGAGCGAAGCUCGACUCGCUGUCUACACUGAACCCAAGGUUGAGUACGACAGUCGCUACUCAGAACCCCAGAUCAUCAGGGUUGGCUCCCAGAUGACCAUUGAUACCCGAACCAGUGGAUAUCCUCGUCCCAAGGUCACUUGGACUUUGAAUGACAAACCUCUACCAGUCCUUGCACAAGUCAAAACAACUGACGAUUUCUCAUCGAUCAACGUCAAGAACAUCUCACCGCAGUACGCAGGAACGUACAAGAUUACAGUCCAGAAUGAAGUCGGCAGCGUCUCCGCUGAAUUUGUCGUGAACAUCCGUGACAAGCCAUCAAAACCCACCGAUCUGGAAAUCGUCGAUAUUCAGAAGAACUCCAUUACGAUCAAAUGGCAACCCCCAAUGCACGACGGCGGAUCUGAGAUCACGGGUUACACGAUUGAACGCCGAGACAUGAAGCGUACGAUGUGGACCCUAUCGGGCGAUGCGGGACCCGAGCAGCGCACAUUCAUUGUCACCAAGUUGACUGAGGGCAAUGACUAUUGUAUGCGAGUUAGUGCCAAUAACAAGAUUGGAGCUAGUGAGCCGAUUGAACUGAAGACACCGACAACUGUCAAGAGUCCUUAUGACCCACCAAGCUCACCAAGAAGUGUCAAUGUCGUAGAAGUUUUCAGGAGUCACAUCCUCCUUGAAUGGCAGAAACCGAAAUCGGACGGCGGAACCAAAAUUACCGGUUACACUGUCGAGCGCCGCCAGCCAUCGGGAUACUCAACCAGAUGGCAGGCCGUGAACUCUCAGCCAAUCGAUGCGUGCGAGUUGAAAAUGACUGACUGCUCGGAGGGACAUGAUUACGAGUUCCGAGUGAUUGCCGAGAACGAGGCCGGGGUCAGUGAACCAUCCGCAGCAACAGCUGUGGUUACUGCCAAGGACCCAUGGGAUGCUCCUGAUGCCCCUGGCAAACCUAUCGUCACCAAUUUCACCGAGGAGAGUUGCUCCCUUAAGUGGGCCGCUCCAGAAAAUGAUGGCGGUGCACCGAUCAAAUUCUACGUCAUGGAAAUGAAACGAGCGUCAGAUUAUCGCUGGUCGGUUGUCCACGACAACAUCAAGGCGACAGAAUACACUGUGUCACAUCUGCGCCCAGAGACUGACUAUGAGUUCCACAUCUUGGCCGAGAACAAGGCUGGAGUCAGCCCGCCAUCAGAGUCGAGUGGCAUCGUCAGAUAUGAGGAGCCUAUCAACUUGGUCCGAGGUCUUGAAGACAUCAUCAUCAAACAACUACCAAAGAGCGCCACCUUUGAGUGCGAAUUCAAGAAGUCCAAUCUCAACGUCCAAUGGUUGAAAAAUGGCCGCCCGAUCGCACAUGUGUCUAACUACAAGAUAUCAGCAAUUGCGAUGACCCACAAACUACACAUCGAGAAUGUGACGGAAGAUGAUGAUGCAGAAUACAGCGUCACCAUUAAGGGUCGUGAGGUCUCCAAGGCGAAAUUAAUCGUCGAGGCCCCGCCACAAAUAUUCAUCCAGGAUAAAUUCCGCGAUCAGAUUGUCCUGGAAGCCAACCAGUCAUCAGUCAUUGAGGUGCCUUUCACUGGUAGCCCACAGCCCGAGGUUACUUGGACUUACAACAACGGAAAACUGCCCGAUCCCAGACGUUUCAAAGUCGACAUCAUUAGGAAUAUGACGUCGCUGGUGAUUAGCCGCGCUGAUAGGAAAGAUGGUGGCGACUACAGUGUGCACCUUGAAAACAAAUUUGGCGAAGUCAAGUUGACUGUCAGUGUACUUGUGUUAGACAAACCAUCAAAGCCUGAAAACUUCCUUGUAACGAAUGUAACAUCUGAGUCUGCCCUACUCACCUGGGAGUCCCCCAAGGAUGACGGCGGUAGCAAGAUCACCACAUACGUUGUCGAGAAACGUGAAAUGAGCAGACGCUCGUGGCAGACUAUGACCAAGACGAUGGAACACGAAUUUGUCGCUCUUAAACUUGUUGAGGGUGUGAAGUACAUGUUCCAAGUGCGUGCGGAGAAUCGCUGUGGACUUGGUGAGGCCGCGGACACCCAUGCCGCCAUCAUGGCCAAAGACCCAUGGCUGCCCCCAGGUACACCUGAACCACCAACAGUCCGCGAUGUCUUCAAGAAUGAAUGCAAGCUGAGCUGGCAGCCACCGUUCAACGAUGGUGGUGCCAAGGUUACUGGCUACCACAUCGAGCGCCGAUCGACCACGAGUGCCCGCUGGAUCCACAUCAACCGUGAACCAAUCAGAGAUACGCAGCUCCACGUUACCGACUUGAUGGAGAAUUCUGAGUAUGAUUUCCGUGUGACUGCUGAGAACAAGGCGGGACAGGGCGACCCCAGUGCUCCAUCUGUCAGGAUCAGGGCUAAGGACCCAUGGGACAAACCUGGCACAGUAGGAAAGCCAGUCGUCUCCGACGUCACUCACAAUUCCUGCCGCUUGACGUGGACCGCCCCAGAGGAAGAUGGCGGAUCCCGCAUCACAAACUACAUCGUCGAAAGCCGCAAGAUGGGCAACUACAAAUGGUUGUCUGCACUGACCACAAUGGACAAGAUCGCGGAGACUAGCAUCGUCAUUCCGAACCUUCACGAGGACCAGGAGUACGAAUUUAGAGUUGCUGCAGAGAAUAAGGCAGGACUUGGACCAUUUGUGGAAGCCCCAAUGGUUAUAAGGGCCAAGAGUCCAAUCGUUGGAGAUCCACCAGAGGUGACCAAGUCUCUAUCAGACCAACAGGUGGUGACACCCAAGUCUGUUACCCUCGAAUGUACCAUCAACCCUGGAAAGCCUGCCGCUGAAGUCAAAUGGUACAAAGAUGGCCGUGAAGUGUACCAGAGCAAGAGGAUCAAGAUGAGUUACGAGAACAAGACAGCGCAGCUCAAGUUCGCGGAGACAGAACUCCUAGAUGCUGGACGCUACAAGUGUGAAGCAGCUAACGUCCUUGGCAGAGUACACACCGCAUCCAUUCUCACGAUUUGCACACCACCCAAGAUUGACUACGACAAACGUCUGCGAGAACCACAAUCCAUCAAGUCUGGCGCAUCAGUGAUCAUCACGGUCAACUUGAAUGGAAUUCCCGCUCCAGAUAGCAGAUGGUUCCACAAGGGGGCACCAAUAGAGGAGUCGCAGCGCAUCAGUGUCGAAUCAUCGGACCAAUACACAACACUCACCGUCAGGAAAUGUACCCGAGAGGAUGCUGGGAAAUACUCCAUCAUCGCCAAGAAUAAGGCGGGCAUGGACGAGGUGGACUUUGACAUCAAAGUCAGAGACAAGCCAUCUUCCCCUAGCAACAUGAAGGUCAUGGCCGUGACUGCUGAAUCUAUCAGCCUCACCUGGGAAGCCCCAGACAGUGACGGUGGUGACACCAUCACAGGCUACAUCAUCGAAAAGAAGGAUGCAACACGCACAACAUGGACGACAGCGGCCAUGUUGGGUCCGAAUGUGUAUGCAUACACGUUGCCGAAACUGAUUGAGGGUAAUGACUACUUGCUGCGUAUUUACGCUGAGAACUCUGUUGGGACAAGUGAACCACUUGCAUUGGCUGAUUCAGUCAGGGUCAAGAGUCCUUAUGAUUCACCCAGUGCACCGAGAAAUGCGAGAGUCACUGAUGUUGGCAAGGAUCACGUCACCAUCACCUGGGACGAACCAAACAAAGAUGGCGGCUCGCCGAUCACUGGAUACUACGUGGAGCGUCGCCAGCCAUUUAGCUCACGCUGGACACGCGUUAACAAGAAACCGGUCACGUCAACCUCAUAUACAGUAAAGGAUGUGGUUGAGGAUACUGAGUAUGAGUUCCGGGUUGUUGCCGAGAAUAAGGCUGGUUGUGGCAAACCAGAAGAGAUUGAGCGCAAGAUCAAGACCAAGGAUCCGUACGACAUCCCAGCCAACCCUGGCAAACCAGAGAUUGUCAGCAUCACCAAAGACAAGGCAACGAUCGCCUGGUCAGCACCCCCGGUCGACGGAGGCAGCCCGAUCACUGGUUAUGUCAUCGAAGCCAAGACGCCCUAUGAACACAGGUGGACGGUGGUCAAGACAGACGUUGCACCAGGUGCCACCUCCUGUGAGGUCAGCGGUCUCGUCCCUGAUGCCGAUUAUGAGUUCCGUGUACUUGCCGUCAACAAGGCUGGAACCAGCAAACCAUCUGAUCUUUCUCAGAAAACUAAGAUUGAAGAACCAGUUGUCUUCAAGACCCCACUGAAGGACAUCAAGAUCACCAAACUACCCGCAACUGCCACCUUCGAGUGCGACCUGAACCGUCCUCUCACCGUCCAAUGGCUAAAGGACGGCCGUAUCAUCCACAUGAAGGGUGAUAAAUACAGGAUCAGCGAGUCGGGCGUCCACCAUAAGUUGGUGAUCAACAACCUUGAUUGGGAGGAUGUUGCCGAAUACACUGCUGUAGCGAAGACUGUCAAGUCGACUGGAGCUCUCACUAUUGAAGCACCUCCAACCUUCAUGGUCGACAAGAAAUUCCAAGACAAACUGACAAUGAAGGCUGGAUCAUCUGCCAUCGUCGAGGUACCCUUCACAGGCAGCCCGAUGCCACAGGUCACCUGGUCAUACAACGAAGGCGACCUGCCUGAUUACAAGCGAACAAAGGAGGAAACCAUCCAUGGCAUGACAGCGUUGACCUUGAGCAGACUGGAGCGCAAGGAUACUGGAGUGUACAAGGUCAUGAUUGAGAACAGACAUGGGUCUGUGGCACUCACUGUCCAUGUCACAGUACUUGACAAACCAGGACCACCCCAAGAAUUCGAUGUCAAAUCGUUUACGGCCGAAACCGUCACCUUGACCUGGGAACCACCAGCCGACAAUGGCGGCAGUAAGGUCACCGGAUACGUCGUCGAUUUCCGUGAAAAGAACCGCCUCACUUGGCAGCAUGUCGCAAACGUCAGAGACUUGGAAUGCGUUGUGAAGAAUCUUAUUGAAGGUCGCCGCUAUGCGUUCCAGGUCCGUGCUGAGAACGAGAACGGUGUCGGUGAACCGGUGGAACUUCUGCAACCGGUUGUGACAAAGCAUCCGUUCAAUGUUCCAGAUGCACCGCAUGCUCCCAAGGUCACCGAUCUCAUGGCAACAUCUUGCAAGGUGACAUGGCAAGCGCCAGUCUCUGAUGGGGGCUCCCCCAUCACCGGCUACAAUGUCGAGCGCAAACCUAACUACAGCACGAUGUGGGUGCGCAUGAAUACUAGACCUGUGACAGAGACAUCUUUGAAGGUGGCGGAUAUGGUCUCCGGAACACCGUAUGAGUUCCGUGUGAUUGCAGAGAACUUGGCUGGUCCCAGCAAACCAAGUCUGCCAUCGGCAUUGGCCACUCCAAAGGACCCUUACGAAACACCAACCAAACCACUGCACCCCGAGGUGGUCGAAGUCACUAAACGCUCUGCAACGAUCAAAUGGGCAGCACCCAAACAAGAUGGCGGCAGCGAUAUCACUGGAUACAACGUCGAGUACCGCACCCGCGGUGGUGUGAUGUGGAAGCAGGCUAAUGCCGCCCCUGUCAAGGAUACGAAAUACACCGUGGGGAACCUCUAUGAGGAUCAGGAGUAUGAGUUCAGAGUUGUUGCAGAGAACAAGGCCGGCGUCGGACAGGGAUCUGAUGUCACUCUACCGGUUAUGGCUGCCGACCCAAUUGUUGGGACUGCUCCGAAGCUGAUGACGCCUCUAGAGCAAGUCACAGUGAAGACAACACAGACUGCUGUUAUGGAGUGUAGCAUCAAGCCUGGUGAACCAAAGCCAGAAAUCAGGUGGUUCAAGAACGAGCGCGAGCUCAAGAAGGGCCCCAAGUACAGCAUGGAGUAUACCAAGAACCGGGCCGCCCUGACCAUCAAGGACGCUGAGACACAGGAUGGUGGCAAAUAUCGGUGUGAGGCAGACAACCGUGUUGGCAGAGUGGAGACUGGAGCCAAGCUCAUUGUCUGUGCACCUCCGACUCUCGAUUACGACCAUCGUCUGCGACAACCACAGAUGAUCAAGGCUGGCAGCACGGUCAUCGUACAGGUCAACCUGACCGGCACACCACCUCUUAAGGUCACAUGGACCAAGGACGGCAGACCCAUCGCCGCUACCAACGUGUCACUGGAAUCUACCGAUCACUUCACCAUACUGACAAUGCGGCAGACAUCAAAGGCUGAUGAGGGUGUUUACAAGGUCGUUGCAGAAAAUGCAGCUGGGAAGGCUGAGGCCGACUUCAAGAUCGGUGUGAAAGACAAACCAAGUGCACCAAAGGCCAUCAAGGUUGACGAAAUCUCUGCAGAGACCGUCAAACUCUCCUGGUCUGCUCCACCCACUGACGGUGGCGCCCCAGUCAAGUCUUACACUAUCGAGCGCCGUGACGCAGGCCGCCAAAACUGGCUGGUCGUCGGUACAUCUGAAGAUACCUCAUUCACUGUUCCAAAAUUGAGCGAGGGGCAGGAAUACCACUUCAGAGUGUUAGCUGAGAAUGCCAUCGGUGACAGCGAACCAGUCAUGUCGGAGAGUGCUGUCCUAGUCAAGAGCCCAUACUCUCCACCUGAUGCACCAAGAGAUUUGAAGCUAGCCGAUGUGACCAGUACCACUGCUACCCUAACCUGGCACGCCCCGUCCAAAGACGGUGGCUCACCAGUCACAAACUACAUCGUCGAGCGUUGCCAGUCCUUCACAACACGAUGGUUCAAGGCCACCAAACUGCCACUUAUAGACACAACCUUGAAGAUUCGUGACCUGAUCGAGGGCACCCAGUAUGACUUCAGGGUGUCAGCCGAAAAUGUUGCUGGAGUUGGCAAACCUGCAUCGGUCGGUCCUGUCACAAUCAAAGAUCCAUUCAACAAACCAGAUGCGCCUGGCAAACCAUUCCCAAGUCACCAUACCAGAGAGAGUGUCAAACUUGCCUGGUCAGCACCACCAAGUGAUGGUGGCUCUCCCAUUACAAACUACAUCGUGGAACUCCGCAUGGCCGGUCAGUACAGGUGGACAGUGGCAAAUAUCGGUGAGACUGUGGCAACCCCUGGUUAUGUUGUCGGUAACCUCGCUGAAGGAAUGGAGUAUGAGUUCAGGGUGACUGCAGAGAAUCGUGCUGGAGCUGGGAAGCCGUCGCAGCCGUCUGAAUCCAUCACUGUCAGAGAACACAUUGAUGGUGAUGCCCCGACUAUCAUCGAGCCAUUGGCCAGUGCCCCAGCCGUCGCAGGACAGCAGGCCAUGAUGACGUGCCAUGUCCCAGGUGAUCCAAGACCUAACAUCACCUGGUACAGAGACAACAAGGAGCUCUUCCCAAGCAUGAAGUACGAGAUAAAAUACUCUGAGGGACUUGCAACACUGGGUGUCCGUGAUUUCUCUGAGCGUGAUAUUGGGAGAUACAGAUGUGAGGCAUCUAAUGCUCUAGGCCGCGUUGAGAGUGUGACAUCAGUUUCUAUGCUGGAACCUCCCAAGUUUGAGAUCAGUCCACGUUACCGUGAGCCGCUACAGGCUAAGGUUGGAGGCGUUGUCAGGAUCCCUGUCAGCCUCCGCGGCACACCGGCACCGAAGAUUGAAUGGUCCAAGAAUGACCGCCCUCUCCGCUCAAGAGACAAUGUCACGGUCGAUUACGACGACCAUGAGACUGUCGUCACUAUCCGUGACGUCAAGAAGGGAGAUGCUGGAGAAUACACCCUGGUGGCACGUAACGAUGUUGGCGAUUCAAUGACAACAUUCAAUGUCAAUGUCAUGGAUACUCCAUCUGCCCCCGCUGGACCUCUCUUCAUCCGCGACGUGCAGCGUGAUGCGGUCAUGAUCGAGUGGCAGCCGCCAAAGCAAACCCACGGUGCGCCCAUCUCCAGCUACCUGAUUGAAAAACGUGACACGAAGCGUGCAAUUUGGACCAAGGUCGGUACGUGCUCACCCAAGAAGAACCAGUACCUCAUCCCAGGACUUCAAGAUGGAAGUGAAUACUUCUUCCGAGUCCAGGCCGAGAAUGAGAUUGGUUACAGUGACGCCCUGGAGAUCGAACGACCAGUCAUGGCUAAGAGUCCUUAUGAUGUACCAAGUGUACCUCUUGGACCUCUCCGCACCUCCGACAUCACCAAGAACUCCAUCAACCUAGAAUGGCAGCCUGUAGAAUCUGACGGCGGCCUCCCGAUCAAGUCAUACGUUAUCGAGAAACGUGAAGUGGGUCGCUUCAAAUGGGACAAGAUUGCUGCAGUGAAGCCGUCAGUGACGUCAUUCACGGCUGGCGACCUUGCUGAAGGUUACUCGUACACGUUCCGCGUGUUGGCCCAGAAUGCUGAGGGAUUCAGCUCACCGCUUGAAGUGGAGAGGCCAGUUGCUGUACAUAGACCUCCAGAGCCUCCAGCACGACCCACAGGCCCUGUUCGUGUCACUGACCUACACGAGAACAAAGCCACCAUUUCCUGGAUGCCACCUCACGACGAUGGUGGCUCCCCAAUCACAUCAUACCGAAUCGAACAAAGCCGCGAUGGAUAUGACUGGUCCAGGGUUGCGACUGUUGACUCUGGCGUCCGCCAUCACAAUGUCGCUGACCUAAGGGAAGGAAAGGAUUACUACUUCAGGGUCGUUGCUGAGAACCAGAUGGGACAUAGCCAGGCUCUAGAGUCUGACAGAAUUGUUCCAAAGAAGAAGAUUGACCCACCAAGCAAACCACGAGGUCCACUAAAGCUGACAGAUGUACAACGUGAUGCCGUCUCCUUCAACUGGGACAUACCCGAACACGACGGAGGCGCCCCCAUCAGUGCAUACAUCGUUGAGAAAUACGACAUCAGGAAGGGCCGCUGGACGCGAGUUGAGAAAAUCGACCCUGCGAGCAAGUCGUUCUCUGCUAGGAAUCUGAUCACGGAUAACCAGUACUACUUCAGAGUGAUUGCCGAGAAUCCUGGAGGGCAGAGUGAACCUCUUGAAUUGGAAAGGCCAGUGGUGCCGAAGAGCCCUUACAAUGUUCCAGUAGCCCCGACAGGCCCUCUGAAGGUGUCCAACAUCACCAAUAACUCAUGUGACAUUCAGUGGAAAGCACCAGAAAAGGACGGUGGUUCGCCAAUCACUCACUACGUGGUUGAGAUUCGCGAGUCUCGACGCACGCUGUGGGGACGUGUAGCCAAGUUAGACGCCAGGGCGACGAGUUAUACCGUGCCGGACCUUUACGUUGGAAACAACUACUUGCUUCGCGUGUCAGCCAUUAAUGCUGAAGGACAAGGCACACCACUUGAAUCGGAGACAAUUGCGCCUAAGAAGAAAAUUGAUCGUCCGUCUGAACCUACCCUUCUACGCCCGAGGCGAGUCGACGAGUCAUCAGUCACCAUCGACUGGCAAGCUCCAUACCACGAAGGUGGAGCCCCCAUAAAGGGAUACCAUCUCAAGAUGCGCAAGGACGGAGAAGACACAUGGAAGGACCUGGGCUCGAUUGCCCCAUACCAUAUGAAACACACUGUCAAAGGCUUGGAGGAAGGUUCUGGAUACUUCUUCGCCGUAGCGGCUGAGAAUGAAUCUGGACCUGGGCGGUUCAUGGAGUUUGAAAAGGCAGUCACCCCUAGGAAACCUAUUGAACCACCAAGCACACCAGAGGGACCCCUCCGACCAGUCGAGACCUCUCGAUACGCCAUCAAGUUAUCAUGGCGGCCAUCCCUCCAUGAUGGCGGAGCGCCGAUAACAGGCUAUGUUGUAGAACGUCGUGAGAGCUGGCGCCUGACAUGGACACGGGCGCAGCGUUUGCCUGCGGACGUACGGGAAUGCACCGUCGGUAACCUGGUGGAGAAUAACGAGUAUUAUUUCCGAGUUAUGGCUGAGAAUGAGGUUGGAUUGUCUCAUCCUCUGGAGACAGAUGGUGCCCUUGUUCCAAGGAGUCCAUACGACAUUCCCAAGCCUCCAGCCAACCUGAACAUUGAAGACGUUUCCCGCAACCGCGUCACGAUCUCCUGGGAGCCACCACGUGACGAUGGCGGCGCCGACAUCAUCGCCUACAUUAUCGAGCGCCGAGACAAGAAGAGGAUGACAUGGAUCAAGGUCGACAUCGUCAAACCGACUGACCUUGAAUACACGAUCCAUAACUUGAUUGAGGGCAAUGAGUAUCUGUUCCGAGUCUAUGCUGAGAACUGUGAGGGCAUUAGCCCCCCGAUUGAAUCGAAGGCAGUCUUAGCUCGGAGGAAGCCAGAGAUUCCAAGCAAGCCAACAGGCAAGCUCCGCCCAGUCAAGAUGUCCCCGACAAGUGUGACCUUGGAGUGGAGCCACCCAUACGAUGAUGGUGGCAUCGCCAUCCAGUCCUACGUACUCGAGAAAUGCGAGAUCGAUAAGGCGGAUUGGACGAGGGUUACGAGUGUUCCAGGUCAUGUGACAAGCCACACGAUCAGUGACUUGAAGGAGGGGACAGAGUAUGGUUUCCGCGUGAUUGCCGUGAACCAGGUCGGUCAGGGUGAGGCCCUUGAGACCCAAGAUGUGGUCAUACCACAAAAACCACUGGAAAAACCACACGCUCCACAUGGGAAGAUCUUCUUCUCUGAUGUCUUCCGUGACUCCAUGACGGUCAGCUGGAUGCCACCCGUCCAUGACGGUGGUGUCCCCAUCACCCAUUACGUCAUUGAGAAACGUGACACUGUCAUCCCCGGUUGGAUGCACGUUGCGACAGUCGAUGUGAAAGAGUCGAGUUAUACUGUUGAUAAUCUGAUUGAGGGACAUAAGUAUUUGUUCCGUGUGUCUGCUCAGAACAGAAUCGGAGUUGGUGAACCCCUAGAGUGUGAGAAAUCACAGGUGGCCAAGAGUCCUUACAACGUGCCAAGCCAGCCUGUCAUCUUCACCGCAUCUGAGAUCACGGACGAUGGUGUCACCCUAGAGUGGUCCAAACCCGAAGCUGACGGCGGUACCAAGAUACAACACUACCUCGUCGAGAAGCGAGAGUCUUGGCGCACGAACUGGAACCAUUGUGCCAAGGUCGACGCCCGGCAGAAUAAGCACCGAGUGACCGGUCUAUAUGAAGGCAAGAACUACCAGUUCCGUGUGAGUGCUGUGAAUGUCGAGGGCGCUGGGCAGCCGAGACAGCUUAAGGAUCAGGUCACACCAAGGAAACCCAUGGAGAAACCAACUGCCCCAACAAAUCUAAACGUCGCUUACGUCACCAAGACCUCUGCCACUCUUGAAUGGAGGAAGCCACACUCCGAUGGCGGUGCCUACCUAAGUGGCUACGUGGUCGAGAUGCGUGAGGGCAAAGGGCCAUGGAAGCCUGUCGCACACCUAGAGCCCUACGAGCAGAUGUAUACCAUGCAGAACUUGCUGGAGGACUUUGAGUAUCAAUUCAGGGUGCUGGCUGAGAAUCCUGCUGGCUUGGGAUAUGCUGCUGAACUGAUUGAACCGGUCGUGCCACACAAACCAAUUGAAACACCAUCUGCACCAUCAGGCAAUCUGGAGGUCAAAGAAGUUUCCCAGAAUGCUGUAGUGUUGGCAUGGGAACCACCAUCUCAAGAUGGCGGCUCUAAAAUCAAGGGUUUCAUCAUCGAGAAGCGCAGCGGGCGUCGUCCAGACUGGACCGUUGCCGCUAGGAUCAAGGGUAACGUGCACGAAGCGACGGUUACCAACCUCGUUGAAGGUCACGAUUACUAUUUCCGUGUCCUGGCAGAGAAUGAAGUCGGCGUUGGAUACCCAUUGGAAUCUGAUGAGAAAGUGGUGCCAAAGAGUCCCUUUGGUCCUCCGGCUGCACCCGUCUCUCCCAUCCACCUUCUGCAAGUCACACGCGACACAGUCACCAUCCAGUGGGAUACCCCAGCUGACGAUGGUGGCGCCAAGGUCAAGAGCUACAUCGUAGAGAAACGUGAGACGUCCCGUCGUAUGUGGGUCAGAUGUGGCCACACAGAUGCAGACGUCAGGACCCUGUGCGUCACCAACCUGAUGGAGGGACGCGAGUACGCAUUCCGUGUGAGUGCGGAGAAUCGUUAUGGCGUUGGUGAACCCCUUGAGACUGGGGCACCAAUCACAGUCAAGAGAGUAUUCGCCAAACCGACACCACCUCAAUACCUGUGCGUAUCAAGAGUACAGCCGACGUCGAUCACCAUCAGAUGGGAACCGCCCCUCGAUAUCGGCAGCUCCGACAUCAUCGGCUACAUGAUCGAGAUGUACGACAUGGCGGCAAAACAAUGGCGCAAGAUCGCCGAGAUUCCGCACCACAAGUUCUUGUGCGAGAUCAAAGACUUGGAAGCCGGUCAUGAGUACUUGGUGCGCAUCUCCGCCAGAAAUGACCAGGACCUGAGCGAGGCCUUAGCCCUGGAACAUCCUGUCAGGCUGCCCAAGGAGAAGACACGUGGAACUCCAAGUUCACCACCAGGCCGUCCAGAAAUCCUCAACGUUGGUCGCGACUUUGCCACCAUCUCAUGGCAAGCACCGAAAAGUGACGGAGGUGCAGAGAUCACCAACUACAUCAUCGAGCGCCAUGACUUGACGAGUCGGUACUGGAUUCGCGUGAACCAUUUACCCGUACGGCAAUGCGAGUACACCAUCGAGGGACUGUUUGAGGGACAUGAGUAUAUGUUCCGGGUCCGGGCAGAGAAUGCGGAGGGGAUUGGAGAAGCUUCACCAGCCUCUGAUGCGGUCAUCAUGAAGGAUGAAAUAGAAAUGCGCUCGCCCGUCUUCAUCGAGGACCUGAAGGACUUGCAAUGUCGGGAAGGAGAUGAUGCUGUCUUCACCGUCGAGGUGCAGGGCGAACCAGAACCGGAGAUCAAAUGGUACAGAAACUACCGAGAGUUGUACGAAGGCCGUAAGUGCCACAUUGCCAAGAAACACGGCCUUCACACUCUGACCAUCUAUGACGCCAAGCCAGAGGACUUCGGCAAGAUUGAAUGCCGAGCGGACAACGUUGCUGGAUCUGUGUCCGUCUUUGCUAGCCUUGUGGUUUUGGCCCAACCAAGAAUUACUCUCCCACCACGCAUACAGGAAGGUAUCAUCUACAACCGUGGCGAGACAAUCAAACUCAAGAUCCCAAUCAUCGGACAACCUCUCCCUGAGAUCAUAUGGUCAAAGGAUCAUGAGGAAUUUGAACACGGUGGACGCUUUGCUCUGGAGGAUACACUGACGCACACGACGCUGAAGAUAUUUGAUGCGGAGAAGAGCGACAGUGGUCUUUACACAUUGACGGUCGAGAAUGAUCUUGGGUCGGAUGUUGUCACCUUCCCAAUACAGGUCACAGAUCGUCCUGAUGCACCACCUCUCAAGCCCCAGGUCAGCCUGACGGACAAACGCCAUGUUGAGAUCAGAUGGGAAGAACCAAUCAACGACGGCGGAUCCUUCAUCAUCAACUACGUCAUCGAGCGAGCCGAAGUCGGCCAUGACUAUUGGGUCCGCGUCGGUCAAUCGAGAGGGACCAAGGCGGUGAUUUCAAGUCUGCUCGAGGGCAAGGAGUACCGAUUCCGCGUGCGAGCCGAGAACAUUUAUGGCGUCAGCGAACCUGGUCAAGCAUCUGAUGUGGCCUCGACGAGACAGAUCAAGGAGGUCGUCGAAUAUGGAAAACUGGUCGAUGCACACAUCCCAUAUGCAUAUGUGGAUGCAGACAGACUCAAACGGGACUUCGAGAGCAAAUACGUCCUAUGCGAGGAACUUGGAAAGGGUGCCUUUGGCGUGGUCUACAGAGCCAUUGAGAAAGCAACCGGCAAGACGUUUGCAGCCAAGUUUGUGGAAUGCAAGGCUGAUGAGAAGGAAAAGAUCCGCCAAGAGAUUGAUAUCAUGAACGACCUUCACCACAACAAGCUUCUACAGCUCCAUGAGGCGUUCGAUCAGCCUGGACAGAUGAUCCUGGUUUUGGAAUUUGUGUCGGGUGGCGACCUCUUUGAUCGUCUUGAGAAGUUUGACUUCGGUUUGACCGAACGCGAGUGCAUCAACUACAUGCGACAGGUCUGCGAGGGCAUACGCCACAUGCAUCAGCACAACAUCAUGCAUCUUGACCUCAAGCCCGAGAACAUCCUAUGCACCACAGAGGACAGCUCACUUAUCAAGAUCAUUGACUUUGGCCUGUCCCAGCGCGUUGACCCCAAGAAGAUGUUCCACGUGCUGUUUGGUACUGCCGACUUUGUUGCCCCAGAGAUCGUCAACUACGAACCUGUGGGACUGCCGACUGACAUGUGGAGUAUUGGAGUUAUCUCCUAUGUGCUCCUGUCUGGCCUCUCACCAUUUGGCAGCGAGAGUGACAGAGAGACCUUCGAAAAUAUCAACAAAUGCGACUUCACCUUUGAUGACGAACUUUGGGACAACGUCUCAGAUGAUGCCGUGGACUUCAUCUCAAGGUGUCUUGUCAAGGACAAAAGGAAGAGGAUGACUAUCCAUGAAGCGCUUGCCCACCCAUGGCUCAAUCGUUUAGAUGUUGAGGAGAAAGAGCAAGUUAGAGUGGAGGGUGUGGUUGAGAAGAAACUGGACACGAAGCCCCUGGAUACGCACCAUCACAAGGAAUUGAAGAGAUGGAAGGCUCCACCAGAACAGAUCCUUGGCAUCGGUCGUUUGGCCUCCAUAAGUCCUGCAUUCCGCCGCAUCAGUCAGAAGGGGGUCUUUGAGCGUGACCUCAAAAUGGAAAUGCCUGAGAGUGAACCCAAAGUACUUCAAAGUCUGAGCGAUGUUGAUGCAUUUGAGGGAACUGGUGCCAGGAUGAGGUGUAUUAUCCAUGCCCAGCCAGAACCAACCAUCAAAUGGUACAAAGAAGAUGAACAGAUCCUUGCAAGCCAUAAAUACAAGAUGCACUUCAAGAACGGCAAGGCUACCCUGGACAUUGAGGAUAUCCGCCUCGACGAUGGUGGUCUCUACACCUGCAAGGCUGCAAAUAGCCUCGGAGAGGUCAGCACAACUGGUGAAUUGGACGUCCAAGGCACCGGCCCCAAGAGGAGGAGAAGCUCUGACCUGACCCGCAUCCGACUGCCCGGUCUCGAAGCUCUCAAGGAUGACACGCAGCCUCACUUCCAUCUACCACUCAUGGCGACCGUCAUCAAGGAAGGAGAGGACGCUUACUUCAGUAUCGUUGUGACUGGCCGUCCAGCACCUGAGAUCACAUGGUACCAUAAUGACGACAAGAUCACAACUCAUGGGCGAUACUUCCUGCUCCAAGACGAGAAAGUGUUCAAAUUUGAGAUAAAGAAUGUCGAGGCGUCCGACACCGGGGAAAUCAGAUGUGUUGCCACCAAUGCGUAUGGUGAUGCUACGUCUGUCUGCUCGUUGGAGGUCCUGGUCGAUUUACCUGAAGACUAUGAACAACCUUAUUUCAUGCAAGAGCUGCGAGAUAUCAAGAUCGUUGAAGGCAGUGCAGCUCGAUUUGACUGCAAGUUCACAGGCCAUCCUGAACCAGAGAUUAGGUGGUUCAAGGACCGAAAGGAGAUCCAUAGCGGAGAGCAUUACCGCAUCACACAGGAUGACGACGUCACCUGCUCCCUGACCAUCAUGGAGUCCUUCCCGGAAGAUACUGGUGCCUACAUGUGCCAGCUCAGGAGUGAUGCUGGUAUGGCAAGCUCAGAGGCUUUGCUCAACGUCAUUCAACUUGACUUCGAGAAACCAAGAAUUCCCAAGUACACAUUUGAAUUCCCACGGCCACCACCAACGCUUCCAAAAGAGCCGCGCAAGAAAAUCUUCGUGAAUCGUGCACCAGUGUUCACCGUCCGUCUGAAGAACCGCGUCGUUGACGAAGGCAUGGACAUCCGACUGCAGUGCUCUGUGAUUGGCCGGCCUGAUCCCCAGCACAAAUGGUUCAAGGAUGGUCAGCCCCUGCUCACGAGCUAUAGAUACACAAUUAGGUCUCACUUCGGCUUGCUGAGCUUGGCCAUUGAUAACGUCAAGAAGGAAGACAGCGGCCAGUACAUGUGCGUAGCGUACAAUGAGGAGGGCGAGACCGCCUGCACCAUGCAUUUGGAUGUCAGAGCCAUUGAAGACUUCAGCCUUGGCUACAUGAGGCCCACAUUCAUACGUCCCAUCAAACACAUCGUUGUACAGGAAGGAACCAGAGCGGUGUUUGAUUGUAUCGCCACUGGAAACCCAAUGCCUGAUUUCAUAUGGCAACGAGAUGCUGUUGAGAUCGGCUCUGACACCGACCGACUAAGGAUGGUCUCGGACCACAAGGGCAACUCGAAACUGAUCAUUCGUAACGUCCUGAGGGAAGACGAAGGUCUCUACAUGGCAACAGCAUUCAGCAAGGCGGGACGGUCCAAGUGUGCUGCCACACUCAGGAUCAUUGAAAAAUCCAAAUCGCCAUCCGAGGACCGCUCCAGUGAGGGCCGAGGCUCAACCCAGUCACUGUCCCCUGCGAGGAGUCCCAGUCCAUUGUGGGGCGUCCCUCCAGAGUUCACCACAGAGCUUCCAGAGAAGAUAGACCUGAGGGAGGGUGAGCCACUCUUCUUGGCCUGCUGCAUCUGGGGAGACCCGAAACCUGUUGUCACUUGGCACAAGGGGGCACGUGACCUCUACUACAGCACCAGGCACCGAGUGACCUCUGACGGAAUGACGCAAUACAUCCUCGAGAUUCCAUCGGUCCUGAUCACGGAUCAUGGCCGCUACCAGGCAACUGCAUCCAGUGCGGCUGGAGAGGCCGUAUCGUCCUGUCUAGUCUCCGUGGAGGGAAGGCUAAGUGACUACAUCAAGUUCAAGCACCAUCGUACCGCCUCGGCAGAACCCGAGGUCGAGAAGAAGAAAGAGAGACAGCGACCUGGUAGGAUGUCACUGCAGGAGAGGCCACGAAAGAUUGCCAUGGCGGAGGAUGAUAUUGCCUUACUAGACAGAAAGACAGCGCCAUACUUCCUGAAGCAACUGCCACGCACUUUAGACGCAUAUGUUGGAGAACCCGUCCAGUUUGACUGCCGCGUGUUCGGACGCCCCGAACCAGAGAUCUGGUGGACGAGAGAUGGGGAACCGCUACCCGAUGACCCGCACUAUAAGGUCACAACCCGUGGGCGGGACAGACACUCACUGACGAUAGCUGAGGUGGAUAUGGGUGACGUGGGAGAAUACGCAAUCCACGCCAAGAACAAGAUUGGAGAGAUUAUCUCACACUCUAUGCUCAGAGUUGAAGCAAUGUUUGAAUCUGACUACACAAUGAGAGAAGAAGAACCACCCCAGCCACCCAGAGAUGAAGAACGCAAGAAAGCAAAGUCACCGACAAAGAUACCCUCACUGAAGAGAUCACCUCCAAAGGAAACUUCACCAAAGAAAUCACCACCAAAAGAGCCAGCACCAAAGAAGACUGAGGCGAAGAAAGAGGCUUCACCAAAGAAGACAAAGGAAGCAUCACCAAAGAAAUCUCCACCGAAGGAUGAGGCAAAGAAGGGGCUGUCAGCAAAGAAAUCACCUCCUAAGGAAACGUCACCAAAGACUUCACCCAAAACGUCUCCUCCGAAAGAUUUAGCUAAACCUAAAGAAGCUUCGCCCAAGAAGACGCCACCCAAGGAACUCUCACCAAAGAAGUCGCCACCAAAAGAUGAGAAGCCGAAGUCAAAGGAUGAAGCAAAAAAGGAUGUGAAGCCAAAGGAGAAGCCAAAGCCGAAAAAGGCACCAGAGUUCAAGCUGAAGCUGAGGAACAAGGUGUUCAAGUCAGACUCCAUUGCUCAUCUGAAGGUGAAGGUUGAAGGGGAACCGGCGCCCAAGAUUCAGUGGACGAAGGAUGGCGUUGAGAUCAAGGAGAGCAAACGCUUUGAGAUGAUUUUUGAGGAAGGUGCCUACCACCUAGCCAUCUAUGACACUGUACCUAAGGACAGUGGUGUCUAUACCUGUAACAUCUCAAAUGAGGCUGGAGAGACAUCAUGUCAGUGUACCCUCACUAUUGAAGGAACACCAAAACUGACUGGCAAGGAUGACGACCUGCCCAAGGACGAGCCUCCCACCUUUGAGAAGGCCAUGGAAGACAUGACCCUACCAGAGGGAGAGACCGCCAAGUUCACAUGCAAGACCAAAAAUGCCAAGGACCCUAAAAUCAAGUGGACCAAGGAUGGUAAAGUCGUGAUUGCAUCCAAACACAUCCUGAUCGAUGCCAGGAAUGGCUCAUGCACCCUCACCAUCCAAGGGAUCACCAAGAAAGACGAGGGGAAGUACACAUGUAACGUGACAGCCAAAGGUGGCGCUGUCUCAUGUGAGGCUACGCUAAAAAUCGGCAAACCAGAGAAGAAGAAGUUGACAAAACCAAAGGAUGAGAAAGAUAAGGACAAGAAAAAUGAGAAAAAGGAAGCAAAGAAGGAUGACAAAAAAGAUGAGACAAAAGGCAAAAAGGAUGACAAAAAAGAUGCCAAGAAAGAUGAGAAGAAACCAGAAGAGAAAAAGGAUGAGAAAAAGCCAGCAGACGACAAGAAGAAGAAAGCAGACGACAAAAAGGAAGAGGAGAAAGUUGAGGAAAAAGAUAAAAAGGAUAAAAAGGUUGAGGAAAAGGAUAAAAAGGUUGAGGAAAAAGAUAAAAAGAAGGAAAAGACUGAUGAGGAAAAAGAUGAAGUUGAAGGGAAGGAAAAGUUUGCGCCAGAGUUUGUCGAGCUGCUGGAGCCCGUCUAUGGUGAUGUUGGCAGUCCCAUCCAUCUUUCUUGCAUCAUAGAAGCCGAACCGAAGCCUACCAUCUCUUGGAUGAAGAAUGGUAAAAAGCUGAAAGAAACGAGCAAUCUCAAAUUCAGCCAAUUAGACGACGGCACCUGCUCCCUUGAUAUCGCAAAGGCCAAGUUCACCGACGUCGGUUUUUACGUGUGUGUGGCAUCCAACUCCGUCGGAGAGGAGACUGACUCGGCUGCUGUGGAUCUAUCUUUGAGUCAAGAGCAUCGUGAUGCUCUCAAGCGUAUGGAAGAGAAGCCACAGCGACCAUCACUGACAGCUGGAAAACUCUUCGAAAAGAAGAAAACUGACAAGAAGAUCAAGCCAUACUUCACCACCAAGCCCAGGAAGUGCUACAUUGAGGAGGGCAAUUGUGCCAAGUUCCAGUGCGCCUUCGCUGGAGAACCUACCCCUGAACUUGCCUGGGAGUGGGAGGGAACCAAGAUCUCACCCGGAGGCCGAUAUCAGAUCUACAAAACCGAGAACUUCUCCUACCUAGAGAUCACAGACAUUACAGCUGGUGAUGAGGGAACAAUAAUGAGCAAAGUCUCCAAUGUGGCAGGACAAGCGCAAGCAUCUGCACCACUCACUGUGAAAGCUCUACCCAAGCCUAAACUGAAGAAGCCAACAGCACCCAAGUUCCUGACCCCACUCGAGGACCCAUUUGAGGUGGCUGAAGGAGAGGGAGCGAUCUGGGAGUGUGAAGUCAUCGGUCUUCCGGAGCCAGUCAUCUCUUGGUACCGUGAGGGCAAGAUCCUACCGCUCUCUAGCGACUAUCGUCAGAACUACGAUGGGAAGCGGGCAUGGUUAGAAAUGGACGAGAUAUUCCCUGAAGAUGAAGGCUUGAUUGCCUGUGUUGCCAAGAGCGACCUUGGAGAGUCAAGGUCGGAGAGUCAGCUCAAGGUCAUAGUUGCCAAGGGCAGCGAGAAGACACCACCGACCUUCACCAAACAACUCAAGGGCAUGAUAGUUGCCGACGGUGACAAAUUAGUCAUGGAAUGCACUGUGGCCGGGAAUCCUGAACCCAGCAUCAAGUGGUUGAAGGGAAAAGAAGAACUCAAAUCAACCACAGAUUUCCAACUCUCAUUUGACGGAACGACGGCAAGAUUGGACGUUGCCGAGGUUUUCACCGAGGAUGACGGCCAAUACACCUGUGUUGCUACAAAUCCAGUCGGGGAAGCCAGAACCAGUGCACGAGUUACCGUCACAGAAGCGCCCAAGGAACAGCCACCGAAAUUUACCAAGGAGUUAGAAGACACUGUUGUCGACGAUGGGGACAAGGUUGAAAUGGCCGUCAAACUUCAAGGCACCCCUCCUCUUGACGUGUUCUGGGUUCGACAAAACAAAGAGCUGCCGUCAAACGAUCCCGAUUUUAUACAGACCCACGUUACGGGAAAUAUGCAUAAAUUAACGCUGUCAAAGGCAUCUACGGGAGACACAGGGUUUUAUGCGUGCGAAGUUGUCAAUGAUUUUGGACAAGCUUUUACCGAGUGCAAAUUGAUUGUAAGACCAAAAGACAUUGAGGGUUUGACGCCACCAGAAUUCGUCGAGAAGCCAAAGUCGAUUCAGAUUGAGGAAGGUCUGUGCUCGAGGCUGACAUGUGAGGUGAAGGGUGACCCUGCUCCUUUGGUGCGGUGGACCAAGGACGGCAAGGAUCUCACUGGCUCUAAUAGCCGAUUCAAGAUCACCAGCGAAGGCAGCAUCCACACAUUUGAAAUCACAACGACAUUAGCGACAGAUGCGGGCCGCUACGGCUGCAUUGCCGAGAACAGCGUCGGUCAGGCCAAGUGCCAGUGCAGCAUGAAAGUGGAGGAAAUCUCAGACGAAGAACACACGCAUAAAGACUUCCGGGCGUUAUUGAAAUCCCGGCCGAGCCUCCAAGAAAAACUCAGUCAGGAUUCCACAGAUUCAGAAGAAAAGGAGGUCGAACAACAUGACUUCAGAGAAGUUUUGACAUCGCAUAUAGAACCUCAAUUGAAGAAGAAACCGGGAUUUGUUACGCAUCUUGUGGACCAGGUUGCCAGGGAGGGGAGCGAGGUUGUGUUCGAGGUUGAGAUCGAGGGCGUACCUGAGCCGACGAUAGAAUGGAAAUGCAAUAAGAAAACGAUAAAGGAAUCGAAAUACUUCAAGAUGUCGUACAGCAACAACAAAGCCAAACUAGUCAUUGCUGAAGCCUACCCAGAGGAUGAAGGAAUCUACACCUGCACGGCCAAGAAUAGCUCCGGCACUGCCACCGAGAACUGUGAUCUUGUCUGCAAAGAGGGAUCUGGUGCUGCCUCCACCAAGAAGAGCAAAGAGGGUGCCGGUCCUGCCACCGCCCCCGUUAUCGAAGACCCGCCAAAAAACAUUUCAAUCUUAAAAGGCAAAAAAGCCGUGCUCAAAGCUGUGUUCAAUAGCGAGUCCACACCCGAGAUCAAAUGGAUGAGGAACGGUGAAAAAAUUGUGCCCAGCGACCGAAUCAAAAUAGACAAUAUUCGUGAUAAGACGACUUUGACAAUCAGGGAGUGUGAACAAAAUGACAUUGCGAAAUAUACGGUGAAGUUGGAGAAUGAUGCAGGUGUUGUGACGGCGUCUGCUUCUAUCAAUGUGGAGGACAUUCCUGAACCUCCUUUUGGUAAGCCCUCUUGCUCAAAGAUUGCCAAAUCCUCACUAGUCUUGACAUGGUCCGGCCCAACGUACGAUGGUGGCUGCUCGGUCAACAACUACAAAGUCGAGAUGACGCUCAGUGAGAAGUUUAAGGACAAUUGGAAGGUGCUGACCUCUAACUGCAGGAGCACGUCCUACCAUGUGAAAGACCUCGAGGCCAACAGGACGUACAAGUUCCGUGUAAUGGCCGAGAACAAACAUGGCUUCAGCAAGGCGUCGGAUGAGUCUGACCCCGUCCUCGUUGGAGAGAGGAAAGAAUCUGCAGCUACUGUCGAUGAGGAUGAUAUUUACUACGGUCUGAUCUUAAAGCGACCGAGUCUGUGGGAUAACGCGGGCCACGAACUUGACCUAAGCUUCAAUACAUCAUGUGGUGAUGACGCUGUAUUUGAAUCUGCAGCUGUUGAACUCAAGAAAGCUAAUGUGGAUGACUUCUACGAGAAGAAAGAUCUGCUUGGAAAGGGUAGAUUUGGUCAAGUCUUUGAAGUGAUUGAGAAGUCCACUGGUAAAUCCUUUGCGGCGAAGUACAUGAGAUAUCGGGCUGCAGAUAAGGCAGAAAAAAUGGGAGAGAUCAACCUCAUGAAGGAACUGAAUCAUCCGAAACUAUUGCAGCUUUAUGAUGCUUAUGACCACUCUAGGAAUCUGAUUGUCAUUACUGAGAUAAUCCGCGGCGGUGAACUCUUCGAACGCAUCGCAGCAGACGACUUCGAGCUGACAGAACAAGACGCCAUCUUCUUUGUGCGACAAAUCUGUGACGGCAUGCAGUACAUGCACGGGAAAAACAUCCUCCAUUUAGAUCUCAAACCAGAGAACGUCCUCUGUAUAAAACCGAAGAGCAACAAGAUCAAAAUCAUCGACUUCGGGUUGGCCCGACGUUACGAUCCCAAGACGGAACUGCGUGUGAUGUUCGGAACGCCAGAGUUUGUUGCACCAGAAGUGAUCAAUUACGAUCAAAUUAACACUGCCACAGACAUGUGGAGCAUUGGCGUCAUAUGUUAUAUCCUCCUGUCUGGCCUGUCCCCAUUCGCUGGUGAGAGCGAUGCAGAAACGCUUGCAAACGUGACAAAGGCAGCAUGGGACUUUGAUGACGAGGCAUUCGAUGCCAUCUCAAAAGACGCCAAAGACUUCCUAGAGAAACUACUCAUCAAAAAGAAAGAGAAACGCAUGACAGUCCAGGAGUGUUUAGCUCACAAGUGGCUAGCACAGCCCAAAGACAAACAGAAGAAACAGAAACUCAACAAAUCCAAGCUCAAACAGUUCCUUGCCCGUCGCAAGUGGCAGGUCGAGGCGGAGCAGAGGAAAUUCGCCGAGGAAGCGAGGGUGCAGGAGGAGAAGGGCGGCUCGGAUAAACCGGCGUUCAUCAAGAAGAUGAAGGAUAAUGAGCUGUUCGAGGGAGAUACCGCGUUCUUCGAGAUUCAGGUUUCCGGAACCCCCGCGCCAAAAGUCGUCUGGUUCAAAAAGAAUAAGGAGGUCGUCAAGGAUAAACGCACCAUCAUGGAGGAGGGGAAGGAGGGACAUUACACUCUCAUGAUCGAGAAUGUCACGGCGAAGGAUGAGUCUGUUUAUAAAUGCGUCGCCACGAACGAGGCUGGUGCUAUGUCGUGUCGUGCAGGACUCUUCAUAGAGGGUGGUGGAAAGUAGCGACUUAAUCAUGAACUCCCCCUGACUGUACAGAAAAUUAUCUCGAGGGGGGAUUCAUAGACUUUUGUAUUUAUUGAGAAAAAUAUUGUACACUUGUUUGUAACUCAUUCAGUCCCCAUUUGAAUUAUGUGCCAAAAUACGAAAUUCACCUGCGGAAAUAUUCUUCAGGUGUUAUAAGAGACUAAUGCUUUGUCAUUUCUUAAAAUUAUCCUCAAACUUCGGGAGAAUUUUUUGAAGAGAUUGCGUCUGUUGUGAUUGGGCACUGGAUGAGUUAUUUGAACAUUGUCAAACCGAUUGUGACCGUCCUAAGAAGAUUAUGUUGAGAUCCUAUGCAUUUUGAAUGCUCAUUUUGUUGAUGAAUCAUUUCUAACCUAAUUCCGACUUACUUAACAUCGUUUAAAAAACAGCAUCUGCUACGAUGCUGACGUUUUUGUCUAGAAAUUGGAAAUCUCGAAACUACAAUUUUGAUAUCUUUUCAUAGGGAAUGAUUCAUUAAUUCAAAUGGAGAUGUUGGAACUUGGAGUGUGAUAAAAAUUGCCCCAGUUCUUCGACGUCCCGGACAUUAUUUUUUACACAUAAUUCAUUUACAAAAAGUGAUACGUUUUGAUGAUAUGCUUUACAUUGAAAUGCAAGAUUUUUGAUACAAUUUUUGUCUGAACAAAUAUUGUACAUGCUUUACAGACCUUUAUACAACCUGAGUUAAGAAUAAGAGUAAAGUUGAAUACACAAGUUAAAGAUUGUGUAUUUUGCUGUAAUCGAACACAAUCUUUACAUUGUAAAAAUACUUACGCUUUUGUAAGUUCGUACACAUUACAAUACUAUGCAUCAAACUGACCAUAUAAACAACUAUGCGUUGGUCGUUAUACUGGUGCUAUUAAAACCGCCGACUCGAAUCUCAGCUUCGACUGACCGAUGCGUUUUUUUAAGCUACCUGACCUUAAUUUGCUUGGCAAAGUAUCAGUCGAUAGCGCAUUGAGGACGGGUUGGUCAGCGUCCAGAUCAAAACACGACAGAUAUUUACUCAGACAUAGAUUACUAACCCUUUGAUGGAAUCCAGUCGAAGUCAUAUUUCAAGGAAAUUUUAUCAACUUUUCAGGCAAGAUAAUGUUAGGAAGAUGGACCUUUUCAUUCAGAAUGGAAAAUUUCCAUAAAUAACAAAACCUGGCAGCAAUUGUUGCCUUUUAGAAAUUCUCGUUCCUGGUGGAUGGGAAUUUCUUCGUUCUGGACUUGGACAUCGAAGGGUUAAGUUGGAAAACUGCCUAGAAGAACACUAAAUCAUGAACGACUACAAUUUAUAUGCAAAAUAUAUACUUUUGUUGAAUCCUAUAAUGCUUUGCCCUGACCUCUUAAGUUUGGGUUAUUUUGCUCAGGAUUUGUAAGUAGAGCGAAUUGGUACAUGUAUCACAGUAAGCUCAAUAUUUGGUAGAUUUUGAAUAAAUUCACAAAAUAUGUUAACAAUUAGGCCUAUAUCUUUUUGUGCAGUUGAUAAUUUAUUGUAUAAAUGUUCAGCUUCAACAAUCCAACUCUGUCACCAAAAUGACUCACACGUGGUUCGAAAUUCUGCAGAAGAUUUAAAGAUGAAAUGGUAAUUAUUUCAUUCCCAUAGUUGUCAGAAACAUUUGAUAAAAAGUAUAUUGGUGUAGUGGGGGGAGUUGAAUGCAGAACCGGGAGGCUCUGGGUUCAAUUCUCUGCCAAACCACAUUCUAUUCAGCUAUUAUAAUCCUAUGGUUUUCAGGUAUAUUUGAUAUAUACAUGUAUUUGGUGUAGUGGUGGUGAGUUGAGAACAGAACCGGGAGGUUCUGGGUUCAAUUCCCAACCAAACCACAUUUGAAAUCUGUUUUCUGCUGUCUAGACUGUCAAUAUAGCCAGAUCAAAAAUAAUUUGUCUGGGACAGAAUGAUUCGUGCUAGGGGAGAUUUACAAGGCAAUAUUAUAAAGGACCUCUCAGACCUUUUGAAUGCGUCCAUGACCCUCAAAAAAAUUGCGCACUCAAGAAUCCUGUGAGUUCCUAAAUUAAGAUCAGACCCUUUAUUUAUAAAGCCUUUGCUAUAUCUCCCUUUCACAAUUAGUAAAACCCAUGACAAUGUGAAAAAUGAUCUGACCAACAGGAACAGACAAGCAGUUGGACCAUCCUGAAACUGAAAUACGACUUAAAGUCUGAUAUUCUGAGUCUGAAAUUUGCUAGUAAACCUGACAUUUCAAGUAAAAAAUUAGUGGUGACAGUAAAAAAUAUUUGCAUAUUGAAAAAAGGCCUAUACUUCAUGCAUGAUUUUAUCAGCUAUUAAUUACAUUGCCAGUGAGGCUGAACUAUUCUGCACAUCAUAACAUCCAGGAAUAACAAUAAGUAUAAAUUAAACACACAACUUGAAAAUCAAAAACACUUGAUUUGAACAAGCCAAAGCGCUGUGGCAUACAAUAUGUAUUUGCUUCUUUAUGUUUGUAGAACCUCUUUUAUUUAUUUCUGUAUAUCAUCCAAGUCUAAUAAAGUAUGCAGUGGCUAUUUA